AUGUCUUUUUUCAAUCGAGCAAACACGACCUCCACAAUAGGAGCGGGCACUGCAAUGGCUAACGAAAAGGACAUAGCUAAUGACAUUGUUAUUAAUAAUCCAGCAGAAGACUCGAUAUCGGAUAUUGCGUUUUCGCCGCAACAAGAUCUUAUGUUUAGUGUUAGUUCUUGGGAUGGUAAAGUACGUAUUUGGGAUGUCCAAAAUGGUGUUCCUCAAGGUAGAGCGCAAUACGAAAGCUCAAGCCCUGUCUUGUGUACUAGGUGGUCGAAUGAUGGUGCAAAAGUUGCUUCAGGAGGGUGUGAUAAUGCCCUGAAGUUGUAUGAUGUUGCUAGUGGGCAAACACAACAGGUCGGGAUGCACACUGCACCAAUAAAAGUAUUACGUUAUGUUCAAUGUGGCCCUUCGAACGCAGAGUGUAUAGUAACGGGGUCUUGGGAUAAGACUAUAAAAUAUUGGGAUAUGAGGCAGCCCCAGCCGGUGUCGACAGUAAUGAUGCCUGAGAGAGUGUAUUCUAUGGACAGCAAACAAUCUUUAUUGGUCGUAGCUACUGCAGAGAGACAUAUUGUCAUUAUUAAUUUGGCGAACCCAACAAGCAUAUUCAAAGCAACCACAUCGCCAUUGAAAUGGCAAACAAGAUGUGUAGCAUGUUAUAAUGAAGCAGAUGGGUAUGCAAUCGGUUCAGUUGAAGGCAGAUGUUCCAUAAGAUACAUUGAUGAUGUAAUGCAGAAAAAAUCAGGGUUCUCAUUUAAGUGCCAUCGCCAAACCAAUCCUAAUAGGGCGCCUGGUUCCAAUGGUCAAUCUCUGGUUUACCCUGUAAAUAGUAUAGCAUUUCAUCCAUUGUAUGGUACUUUUGUUACGGCUGGUGGCGACGGUACCUUUAAUUUCUGGGAUAAGAAUCAGAGACAUAGACUGAAAGGCUAUCCUACUUUGCAAGCAUCUAUUCCUGUAUGUAACUUCAAUAGGAAUGGUAGCGUAUUUGCGUACGCUCUAAGUUACGACUGGCAUCAAGGGCAUAUGGGUAACAGACCAGAUUAUAGUAAUGUCAUCAGGCUGCAUGCUACAAGUGAUGAAGAAGUUAAAGAGAAAAAGAAGAGGUGA